GUUUAUGUAAGCUUUUUAUUAGCGCCGUGUUCUAAAUAAUUUGGAAACAGCACUUUUGUAGGCAUCUCAUUAAACAAGCCUACGAGGGCAGUAACUACUGCCAUAUUGCCACCGAAGACUUUUCCUGCUACUUUCCUCUCUCCAAGACGUUUUGGGGAAAAAGUGCGCAACAUGAUUCACAGCUUGUUCCUGAUUAACAGCACUGGCGACAUAUUCCUGGAAAAACACUGGAAGAGUGUGAUAAGCCGCUCUAUCUGUGAUUACUUUUUCGAGGCUCGGGAGAAGGCAGGCGAACCGGAUAACGUGCCUCCUGUGCUCUGCACGCCUCAUCACUACCUCAUUAAUAUAUACCGUGAGAAAAUCUUUUUUGUUUCCGUCAUCCAGACUGAAGUACCCCCGCUCUUUGUUAUCGAAUUUCUUCAUCGUGUGGCCGAGACAUUUCAGGAUUAUUUCGGUGAAUGCUCAGAAGUUACUAUUAAGGACAAUGUUGUAAUCGUGUAUGAGCUCCUUGAAGAAAUGCUGGAUAAUGGCUUCCCUCUGGCCACGGAGUCCAACAUCCUGAAAGAACUUAUUAAACCUCCCAACAUUUUGCGCUCUGUGGUCAACAGCAUCACAGGCAGUAGUAAUGUUGGUGAGACUCUGCCUACUGGACAACUCUCCACCAUCCCAUGGAGGAGGGCCGCUGUAAAAUACACUAACAACGAGGCCUAUUUUGAUGUGGUGGAAGAAGUUGAUGCCAUCCUAGAUAAAUCCGGCACAACAGUGUUUGCAGAAAUCCAGGGAGUGAUUGAUGCUUGUGUGAAACUCUCAGGAAUGCCGGAUCUUACACUUUCAUUUAUGAACCCCAGACUCCUGGACGAUGUGAGCUUCCACCCGUGUGUCCGCUUCAAGAGAUGGGAGUCUGAGAGAGUUCUCUCUUUCAUCCCCCCUGACGGAAACUUCCGACUUAUCUCUUAUCACGUGACUGCACAAAAUUUGGUAGCAAUCCCGGUAUAUGUGAGGCAAAAUAUCAGUUUCUUUGAGACUGGAUCCUCCGGGAGGCUGGACAUCACAGUGGGUCCUAAGCAGACCAUGGGGAAGACUGUUGAGUGUGUAGGAGUCACAAUACACAUGCCGAAAGUGGUGCUCAGUGCCAAUCUCACAGCAACUCAGGGCACGUACACCUACGACCCAGUCACCAAGAUUUUGGUGUGGGACAUCGGCAAACUGAACCAACAAAAACUGCCAAAUUUAAAAGGAAGUCUGAGCUUGCAGUUAGGAGCUCCGAAACCAGAGGAAAACCCCAGCCUGAACAUUCAGUUCAAGAUUCAACAGUUAGCUAUCUCAGGACUGAAAGUGAAUCGACUGGACAUGUAUGGAGAGAAAUACAAACCAUUUAAAGGGGUUAAAUAUCUAACCAAAGCUGGAAAGUUCCAGGUCAGAACUUGAAGCUGUCUGUAAACUAUCGCAAAACAUUAUAAACAUGCAACAAUGUGUUCUUGUAUGUGACAAAUCAUAUAUUUUACAAUCAUUUCAGAAUGACUUCAUAUUGCCAAUGUGUUCUGCUUUGGUGCUGGUUGGGGGGGUUAAGGGGGGAGAGGGGUUACAUGGAUUUCUUCCAUUUGAUGAAGAACAUUCCUAUUUCAAUGUUGUGCCUAAUAAUAAUAGAUUCCAGGGUGGAAUAGCUUCACAAAGUUUCAGUCUGUUGUCAGUGUUUUCGAUUUUCUGUCUGAGUGAGCCAAUGGAGGAGGAUAUUUCACUUAAUGGUGGAUACAUUUUUCAUCUGUGAACAUUCUGAGACAAGCCUUUGCCAAGCAGUUAAGAAAUAUUUAGGUCCCCUACCUUUAGCACAAUGCACACAUGUUAAGUGGCCUUUUGAAAAGGAAUAAAAAAAAAAACUUGAAGAGGCCUUUCUUAAAAUCACAGCUGUCUUGAGUAGCUGUGCUUUUUCUCAAAAACACUACACCCAUCACAGAUCCCAAGUUUUCACUCAGGAGAGAAAGAAGAGCGGGUGAUGUGUUUUAAUUCAGAACUUUGUUCUUGUUUUUAUGUGCAGAGUAUUUGUAUAACUUGCUAAGGAAUUAAAAUCGAUAGUUUGCUGCAAAUACGAAUUGAUAAAGGUCACUUUGAGGGGAUACAUUAGUAGUUAACCGGCUUGCAAACGUGGCAGGUAUGUGAGGCACGCAAGAGUUUUGCAAGUUCUGAAGGGACACAACUUUUGUAAGGUUUAGAAAUAAAUAAGUUAAUUGCAAUUGAAAAUAUGUAUAUAAAACUAAUGCCAUUUAUAAACAUUUUGGGAAAUUA